AUGGUUGCUUUAGAAAGAAAGCGAAAGAUAGAAGAGCAAUCUUCCAAUGGAACACACAAAAGACUGAAGUCAUUCACGACUUCGUCUUUUGUUUUGCAUUCAUAUUCCAAAUUGCCCGACAUCAAUGCGAUGCCGUCUGUCAAAAAGAUCGGACUUGAUAUUUUCGUUUGGGGAACGGGUUCAAUGUGUGAGCUAGGUUUAGGUCCUGCUGCAAACACAAAAGAAGUUAAAAGACCACGGUUGAAUCCUUACUUGACUGAGGAAAAAUUGGGCAAUACUAAGAUUGUUGAUUUUGCAGUGGGGGGUAUGCACACUUUAGCUCUUGACGGGAAAAAUCGUAUUUGGUCUUGGGGAAACAAUGACAGUGGAGUUUUGGGUAGGGAUACGUCUCAUUCAAAGGAGGUUUUGAAGGAUGUAGAUGCAGCAGAAAGUGAUGACGAAGAUGGAGACUUGAACGAAGCAGAGGCUACACCGGCAUUGGUUCAAGGCUUGGAGAAUGAAAAUGAGAUUGUUCAGUUAGUUGCCACUGAUAAUUUGAGUGCAGCAUUGUUUUCUAAUGGAGAUGUAUAUGCUUGGGGUUGCUUUAGAUGCAAUGAAGGAUUAUUGGGCUUUUUGCGAGAUGAGAUCAAAAUUCAAAGAACUCCAUUAAAAAUUUCAGAGCUCAAAAAUAUUGUCCAGCUCGCUGGUGGAAAGGACCAUGUACUAGCGCUUGACUCAAAAGGGAUUGUUUUUGCUUGGGGAAAUGGACAACAAUAUCAAUUGGGCCGUAGAAUCUUGGAUAGACACCGUUUAAGAAGUUUAGAGCCACAACAAUUUGGACUCUAUAAUAUCAAAUACGUUGCCAGUGGUGACUACCAUUGUUUUGCGAUAGAUCACAAUGAUCAAGUAUAUGCUUGGGGGUUAAAUCAAUUUGGGCAAUGCGCAUUUACUGGCUCACAUGGCGAGUUGGAAGAUGGCUCGGUCUUGAUGAAACCCACUUUGAUUCCAGAGUUGUCUAAUUUGGGAAUUAAACAAAUUGCUGCAGGAGAACAUCAUACGCUUGCUCUCACGGGUGAUGGAAAGGUUUUAGCAUGGGGAAGAUAUGACAUGAAAGAAGUAGGCAUUCCCGAAGAGGAAUUACCAAAAUCAACGUUCAAGGAUCAACAUGGCAAACCAAGAGCUAUCCCAACACCAACACAACUAAAAUUUGGAAAUGCCGCCGAUAUGAAAAUUAAGGCGAUCGGCGUCGGUUCACACCACUCAUUUGCGGUGACUGAGGAUGGCUUUGUUUACUCUUGGGGAUUCUCUGAAACUUAUGCACCUGGCCUAGGAAACUUGGACGAUGAUGUCGAAAAACCUACAAGAAUUGUGAAUACGGCUACCAAAUAUGAAGAUAUCUUGAUGAUUGGCGCAGGUGGACAGUUUUCCAUUAGUGGGGGAGUCAGGAUGGAAGACGAGGAAGCUGCUGAAGAUAGAUUAGAAAAGUACGAGGAUAUCGAUGGAUAG